AUGCAAACUCGAAAUGUUCUCUGUCGAUCGCUUGAACUCGUCUUUGAGUAUCCGAAGCGACGAAAUCAAGGAGUUCUUGCGAGGAUUGUAUUUUUCUUCGAGCCAGACGGUUUCGCAGAGGUAGAGUUGAAACCGAUGCUGUCAAAGCUGGCAUUCAACAUAAUCAUGAGAAGGAUUGCAGGCAAGCAAUACGACGGUGACAAAGCUCGUCGGAAACCUGAACCAAUGAAGCUUCAUAAUCUCAUACAUGAGCUUCUAAAACUGGGGAUUUCACCAGGUUUAAUCGAUGAGCAUCGGAGGAAUAAAUGUGUUAAAGAGGAGGAUACUAUGAUCGGCCAUCUGCUUUGUUUGCAAGAAUCUCAAGCGCAGUAUUAUACUGAUCAAAUUAUCAAAGGAAUCGUCCAGGACAUGUUAAUUCCAGGAACCAACACGGUUGUUAUAACAUUGGAAUGGUCCAUGUCUCUGUUACUCAACAAUCCAAACGCAUUACAAAAGAGCAAAUCCGAACUAGACAUCCACAUCGGUUACGACAGAUUGCUAGACGAAACCGACCUCCCAAAACUACUUCAUUUACUAAACGUAAUCUCCAAAACCCUCCGAUUAAACCCGGCGACGCAUCUCCUCAUUCCUCAUGUCUCGUCCGAUCAUUGUAACAUAUUAGGGUACGACAUCCCCAAGGAUACAAUGUUGCUAGUGAACGCAUGGGCGAUUCAGAGGGACCGGAACGUGUGGGAUGAAGCGACGAGUUUUAAGCCGGAGAGGUUCGAGAGCGGCCGGAUCAAGGGCUCUAAGAUGAUGCCAUUUGGUUUGGGAAGGAGGGCUUGCCCCAGAAUGGAUUUAGGCCUGCGUGUAGCUGGCUUGGCUUUAGGGUCAUUGAUUCAAUGCUUUGAGUGGAGAAGAGUAAGUGAGAAGGAAAUUGAUAUGACCGAAGGGAACGGUCUAAAUUUGCCCAAAGCUGAACCGUUACAGGCUUCUUACAAAGUACACAGCACCACAAAGAAGCUACUUUCUUGA